AGAAACCCCCCAUUCUCCACUUAUCGUCCAAAUGCAAGAUCCUCUCAACAAUAAUAUUACGUCAUUGCUUGCGCAUGCAUCAGCACAAAUCCGCUACAGACCGCUCUAUAUAAACCCCGCUACCAGCUAACCACACGAUCCCACACACCAGAAACUUCCCGAGAUUUUCAUCUCAUCGACUUGCCCUUGAAGCUUCGGACCUCGACCCAAAUGGCUGCAUCGUAAACUCUCCAUGUUUCUAUUUUCUCCUCUUUUGUUUUAUUUUGUUUUGAUUUUUUUUAUAUUGUGUGUGUCCGAAUUUUGACGUCGAUCGAGCCUCUCAGAGUGAUUUUCGUUAUUUUUUUGUCUUUUUUGUUUUUGUCACUAAUUUGUUUUUGGCAGAAAAGAUGCUUAAUUUCGUGCGUGCUUGUUCAUAGUCUGGAACUUGAUCGGAGAUUUUUUUUUUGGUUGAAAAUUCUACUUGUCAAUGGUGUUAAUUGGUUGUGCUUGUUUGAAAUUUACAGUGCCGUACAAGAAGUUCUUCCUCCCUCGCUGGAUUCUUCUUCAGAGCCUCCACCUCUCUUUGAUGGAACAACUAGGUUGUAUAUCAAUUAUCAGUGCCCAUUUGCUCAGCGUGUGUGGAUUGUGAGGAACUAUAAGGUGUGUCAUUCGAAGAAUUUUCCAACCUGAUCUGGGAUUUACAGGCUUACAGCCUUAGCUUGGUUUUACAUUCCAAUUCCCUGUUUCUCGGAUUUUUUUGACUUAUUGUCGAUCAAAAUCGUUUUGUCUCCAAAUGGCUGAAUGUAUCCAGGGUUUACAUGACGAGAUAAAACUGGUCCCAAUUGACCUCCAAAAUAGGCCUGCAUGGUACAAGGAGAAAGUGUAUCCUGAAAACAAGGUGCCGGCACUGGAGCACAAUGGUAAAGUUAUUGGAGAAAGCUUGGACUUGAUCAAAUAUAUAGAUGCCAACUUCAAAGGCCCAUCUCUUUUACCGGAUGACCCGGCCAAACAGAAGCUUGCUGAAGAGUUAAUUGCCUACUCGGGCACGUUUGUAAAAAACGUGUUUUCAUCAUUCAAAGGAGAUGCUGUUAAACAAGCAGGUGCUGAAUUUGAUUACUUGGAGAAUGCCCUCCAAAAGUUUGACGAUGGACCUUUCUUCCUUGGUCAGUUUAGCNGUAUAGGUGGAUGCUGCUUAUGCUCCGUUUAUCGAGAGGUUUCAUAUCUUUCUGAAUGAAGUGUGGAAAUAUGAUAUUACAUCUGGCAGACCAAAAUUAGCUGUUUGGGUCGAGGAAAUAAACAAGCUUGAUGCUUACAAGCCGACCAAGUGUGACCCAGGACAUCUCAUCCCUUUAUAUAAAAGCCGUUUUUUGGCUUAAAGCUGUAUGAUGAUGCUACUCGACUACGAGCUUACUGGCGCUAUAUUAUGUAAUAGAUUCUAAAUAAAAUUCUGGGAUGUGUUUGGCAAUAAUGUAGCUUGUAAUGUGUGUGUACCCUUGCAACUUUGUUACUUAUCAAGUAUCUUUGUUUAUGGUAAGUUAAAAAGUUAUGAUAGCCUGGCAAAAAUGGCAUUUGGUGUGUAUAUAUGCAUGUUAUCCUGAGAAGGAAUUUCCAGAGUAUAAUUUUAUGAUUAGAGGGUCAUGUUGGAAGGAAUCAUUUCUAGUUGUAAUAAUUGUACCCCAGGAAGAAAUUGUUGUACGUUGCUCUCAUUGUGGUAAAAGUCAAACUGCAGAAAACUAUUUGAACUUUGCAAUGCAAUUUUUUCAGAAGAUGAAAUUUUUAAUGAACCCUCAAUAAGUCCGAAGUAUGGUAAGUUUUAUGUUAGCCUGAUUGCAAAU